AAAAGUCUAUUAAUCGACUGAAAAAAGGAAAAGUAUAUUAUAUUCGCAAUACACAAAUCAACAAAUAACAACCAAUGCGCGUUAACUAGGGGCUGAACUACCGCGUUCACGGAGUUGUUUAUCUUAAAUAAAAGUCUUUUACAAUGCAUUUGGAGUUGCCAUUUCAACACAUAUGAGCCCGCUUCUCAGUACCUUCCUGUUCCAUUCCAUUCCUUCUACGUAACCCCAGUUAAAUUGACUCGAUCAAAGGCAACACAAAUUUUAUUGAUUACAUAAAUUGACUAGUCUCUUGUCUGUCUCUUCACUUAUAUCCUCGUAUUUCUUCCGAUUUCAUUCAUCCCGAAAUUACGAAAGACUAAUCAUCAUGAACGAUCUAUUCUCCGGCUCGUUCUCUAGAUUCCGCAACGAAGACGACGGUCAAUCACCGCACCAUGUAAUCGAAAUGUCCUCCUCCACUCCCACCGCCUCCGUCAAUCUCGACAAGUUUUUCGAAGAUGUCGAAUCCAUCAAGGAAGAACUCAAGGAUCUGGAGUCUCUGUACAACCAGCUGCACACAUCUCACGAACAAUCCAAAACACUGCACAACGCGAAAUCAGUCAAGACUCUGAGAUCAAAGAUGGACCAGGACGUGGCGGCGUCGCUGAAGAAGGCGAAGCUGAUUAAAGUCCGCCUGGAAGCCCUGGACCGGUCCAACGCCGCGAACCGGAGUCUCCCUGGCUGCGGUCCAGGCAGCUCAUCGGACCGGACGCGCACAUCUCUCGUCUCCGGUCUGCGCAAAAAGCUCCAGGACUCGAUGAACUCAUUCAACGAUCUCCGGCAGCUGAUGGCGCUGGAGUACCGCGAAACAGUUCAGCGCCGGUACUUCACCGUCACCGGCGAGAACGCCGACGAGAAGACGGUGGACACGCUGAUCUCGACGGGACAGAGCGAGAGUUUCCUCCAGAAAGCGAUCCAGGAGCAAGGGAGAGGGCGAGUGAUGGAGACGAUUAUGGAGAUUCAGGAGCGGCACGAUGCGGUGAAGGAGAUGGAGAAGAAUCUGGUGGAGUUGCAUCAGGUGUUUCUCGAUAUGGCGGUGCUGGUGGAGACGCAGGGAGAGCAGUUGGAUAAUAUACAGGAUCAGGUGGAGAGAGCGAGCUCAUUUGUUAGAGGUGGAACGCAGCAUCUUGAAGUGGCGAGGAAGACUCAGAAGAACACGAGGAAGUGGUAUUGUUACGGUAUUAUUUUGUUGCUAAUUGUGCUGGCUAUUAUCAUUUUUUCGAUUCGUCCUUGGGAGAGCAACGGUGGUGGUGGUGGUGGUGGUGGUGGUGGUGGCGGUGGUGGCGGUGGCGGAAAUAAUAAUAAUAAUAAUAGCAAUUCCGGUGCGGUGCCGCCACCUCCGGCGAAAUGAGAGGUGUUUGGAUUUUUGUUUUCGGAUUGUUACAUUGCAUUGAUAUUAUUUUUUUAAUGGAAAUUAUUGAAUUGGGUGAGGUGGGGUGAUAUUGUAAUUACUACAUUUUACAAGAGUAUUAAAGUCCGUGCCGCGUCCCCGUCCCCCAAUGUAUAGACGGAGGGAGUACCAAUUACGAUGGGGAGUACAGUAGUUGACUAGUGGGUGGGAAUUUUGCAGUUUUGCUGUCAACAUUUACCUGCCUAUAGCCCUAUAGUUCCACACAUUAUUGCUAUUUAUUUCAUUUUUUUA